UGUGGGCCACCACAACCACAAACCAAAACUGCCACCAGUCACGGCUCCCUGAGCCCUGGAGAAAAGUGAGAUAAAGAUAGAGCGGGGGGACCAGACCGGACCGUACGAUUAAAAACGAAAGAGAGAAGAAACUGAGAGAAGAGAGUGCUGAGUCUACGUGUUGAUGUCAGAUGUCAGUGUGAAUCACCCGGAUUACUAAAAAAAAAAAAAAAAAAACGAGAGCGAGAGAAGAGAGAGAGAGAGAGAGAGACAGAAACCACAGCGCGACAUUUCUACUCCUUCUCUUUAGCACAAGGGUAAGCAUCAGUCGACCGCAGUCUGACCGCCGAUCACUAUCUGCAGUGUCUCUCAACCAUGCACAACACGCAAGGACACAACAACUGCCCUGAUGCCACGACCGGACCAUCACUGGAUGACCAUGGACUUGAGGGUGUUGAGGGUGUGGGCGUUGGGCAAAGCAGCAGCACAGACUCAAACUUCAAAAUUAGGAGCCAAGUCAAGUUGGAGGCGCUGGACUCCAGUGAAGAGGAGGACAGCGUUUUUGAGAAGCAGCCACUCGCCAUGGCCUCGAACAGCAUCUUCGAGACCUUCUCCUCCUAUCAGUCUUGCUUCACCAGAGACCCUGCCCCCGGGCGCCGCUUCACUCCCCCAUCCUCCAGCCUGGGUUCAGCUAAACUGGCUGAGGCGCAGGAGGCCAGUGGCGCCGCCCUGGUGGCCAAAGUGCGCGUGGCCGAGCGGAACAUGGUGGAGGUGCUGUCCGACCACCCCGGAGAGCUCGUGCGCACCGACAGCCCCAACUUUUUGUGCUCGGUUCUGCCAACACACUGGCGCUGCAACAAGACCCUGCCCAUCGCCUUCAAGGUGGUUGCCCUUGGAGAUAUCCCCGAUGGCACGCUGGUGACAGUUAUGGCAGGAAAUGAUGAAAAUUACUCAGCUGAACUCCGCAACGCUACAGCAGCCAUCAAGAACCAGGUGGCUCGCUUCAAUGACCUGCGCUUCGUGGGCCGCAGCGGAAGAGGAAAGAGUUUUACUCUCACCAUUACCGUCUUCACCAACCCCCCUCAGGUGGCCACGUAUCAGAGAGCCAUCAAGAUCACCGUGGAUGGACCCAGAGAACCACGGCGCCACAGACAAAAGAUGGAGGAAAGUGUAAAGCCUGGAGCGUUGGCCUUCUCAGAGCAGUUGAGACGGAGCGCCAUGAGGUGCAGCCCCCACCAGGCCGCCGCCCCCAACCCCCGUUCCUCCCUUAACACACCCCCCUUCAGCAGCCCCACCCACAGCCAGAUACCUGACUCAAGACAAAUGCAGACGUCUCCAUCCUGGUCUUAUGAGCAGUCCUACCCUUACCUAGGCCCCAUUUCUGCACCAACGGUUCACCCCACCACGCCCAUCUCCCCAAGCCGCAAUCCUAUACACUGUCCAGAACUGACAGCGUUCACCGACCCCCGUGUAGGUCUGGAGCGCUCCUUCUCCUCCAUCCCAUCGCUUCCAGACAGUCGCUUCUCAGACCCCCGCGUUCCUUACCCCACCGGAGCCUUCACCUACACUCCCACCCCCGUUACCAACGCCAUCGGCAUCGGCAUGUCGGCCAUGACCGCCCCCACCGGUCGCUACCACACGUACCUCCCGCCCCCCUACUCUGCCGGUUCCUCCCAGGGCCAGGGUGGACCCUUUCAGGCCAGCUCCUCCCCUUAUCACCUGUACUACAGCACCGCUGCCGGCUCGUACCAGUUCUCCAUGAUGCCUGGAGGGGGCGGCGGAGAACGCUCACCGCCACGGAUCCUUCCACCCUGCACCAACGCCUCCACAGGCUCCGCCCUCCUGCACCCCUCACUGCCCAAUCAGAGUGAUGUCGUCGUGGAGGCUGAGGGAAGCCACAGCAGCUCUCCGACCAGCAUGUCCGCCGAAGCCGUGUGGCGGCCAUACUGAGCACCACUUUCACUGGACAGCGAAAGAGAUGUCAUGGCAUGUUGACCAAUGGAGUGUUGACGUUGGGCAGCUGAAUUAGACGGGCUCUAUUUGUGGAGCAGUGGACUAAGAACUCGUGGACUCGUUUUACACAGCAUGAGACUCAUCUUUUUCUUUGUUUUUUUUUCUAACGAGUUGUGGAUAAUUUGUUGUUGUUAUUGUUAUUAUUAUUAUUAUUGAUGUUAUUAUUAUUAUUGCAAUAAUAAUUCAACAUUACCUUUGUUGCAUUGUUUCCAUUUGUCAAUGAGACCAGCUCCUUCCAUUUUUACACAAUGAUACACUGACAUGGCACUCUUGUCCAACUCAGAAUUAAAAGAAAUGUGCAUUUUUCUUGUCACAGUUCUGUUCUAAAGGACUUUGUUUCAAGUGUGAGCCUUCAAAUACAACAUACAACAGUUGUAACAUGUAUAGCUGCCAAAAUAAAAAAGCACGGUUCCAGGCCUGUCCUCUGGGAACUAUUCAAUUAAGUCAUUUAAAGGAUUAAAUAAUGAAUUUGAGACAGUACUGCCUAUUUUCUGAUAGUAAAUGAAAGAGUAUUCAUGAAUAAGGAUUAUGCUGGCUUCCAUUUGAGCAUGGAUGUUGGAAUGAUAGCUCAUACAUGUCAGAUUUCCUACUAGGAAAGUCCUAGGCCUCACCAACCCACCAACAAGUUCAGAAUCAAAGAUGGCUGCCCUGCACAUCGACAGAAGUAAAAGCAGUAGUAUUAUACAGUUUAUUAUACAAGACUUCUAUUUGUUAAAAAGCCUCUAAAUUCAUUAAUUAAAUUAAUAAUUAAUUAAAAAUAAACCCACCAAUCCUGCUUAAAUUCUUUAUAAACAUUUCCUAACCUUUAAAAAAAAACACUUUUAUUGUGGUAAUUUCCGCCUCUGCAGCGCCCUCUCAGGUUUAACUGUGCUAUAGGCGUGUCCUUCGUGUCCUUUGGUACGCAGACACAUCACAAUAUGCAAAUCAGUCUAUCAAUAAUACCCCCCCUGCUGACGACGUCCAAUCAUCUGUGUCUCACCGCUAAGCCAAUAAGCUCCUCCUCCUGCUCAGCCUCUAAACCCAUACAUCACCUAGUGCUCCUCCCAAACUACCCCUUACAUUUUUUCUUUUGCCUUUUUCAAAUUUGAGCUGAGGGUGGAGUCAGCUAAUUUCACAGGGUUUAGUGCCCAUUUAAUGUCAUAUUAAACCACACACUGUCUUACACACAGUCCUGCCCAAUGUCUAUCUGUAGACACUAUGUUUUCAUACUGUUUAGAUGGGCAAAAUUCUGUACAAUGUGUUGUGAUUAACUGGUAUUGCUUGCCUGGCAUGCUAACCCAUGACAAAGCUAACAACAACAGCUGAUAUCUGAAUGUUAAACUUGAACACACUCAACUUGAAUGUGAUGUAAUUUCCAUCGGCAACAUUCCAACAUCCGAGAUAAAUGGAACGCAGCAUUUGCCCUAUUAAUCUGAUUCACUCAGCAGUAUGGCUAGCUCUGUGGUUAGCGCUAUGCUAACAGCCCCAACAUCAGUGCAGCCCUUUUUGCAGUGAGUAAUUUCCAUUUAAAGGUUAAAACAGACUAUUCAUCUCUGUGGUACUGCAGUUUACGAGGCUCUACCUGGUCACUGCCCUUCAAGGUCUACCUCUCUCCGCUAAAUUUACGAUGCAGAACGGCCUGCUUUUCAUAUUUCCACGUGUUCCUAGCAUAAAACAGUACGAAGGACGGCUUCGGAUGAGAUGGAAGAGACUCUGUCCCCCUGCUUUUGUGUAAAUAGGCUGUAAACCACUUCCUGAGAUGACUGGCCGAGACCCAUUUGAUGACGACGUCAAUCACGUGACACUGUCCUUCACAUCCACAAACUGAAGACGAGCAACAUGCAGCCUAGCCUACGUGUCUUUCUUUUUAGCACUGCUUUAUUUUGUGAAUGUAAAUCUUUGUUUGUGAAGAAGCCAAUUGUUUCUAGA